CGUGGCAGUCGUGUUGUGUUCGUGACGCGGCGUAGACGUCAUGCGAUUACCUCUCUUGGUACUGGUGGUGGUGUUGGCGGUGGUCGGGGUCUCCGGUCAGGAGCAAGGCCGAAGAAAAGAAGCCCGGGCCAGGUUCCGCGCUCUGGCUGAUGCUGCACGCAAUGGUGACACAUCUGCUAAACAGAUCUUACAGUCUCGACGCCGCAGUCGACCUCGUCAGCGUGUACAAAUUGAAUCAACCCCUCUUCCCGAAGAACCACAAAUUGAAAGCACAGAACCGGCUCCGACGGAACAACCACUUUCGCCCCGUGUAAAGCUUCCAAUUCGACGCACAAAGAUUCGCGUAGCACGUCCUGUUGCCCCACCUGAACCCACCACAUUUCAUCCUCUAUCUCCUGUAAUUACACCAACACUCAGUCCGGUUAGGGUGACUCCUGAACCCGAAGAAAUAUUUGUGAACAAGCCAGCCACUGAAUCCCCAGUGUUUGACCAUUUCCCGACUGAACCACCGACAGAGGCGCCUAUUUUCAAUAACGUAAUCGAGCAAACACAAGCCCCAACCAGACGUCGAGUGAGAAUUAAAAAUCAGCGACUCACACCAGUGCUUCAACGGCCCCAGCAAGUAUCAACUUUCGAAGAGCCUCUGCAGUCUCUAUCAGGCUUCGAACAGCAUCAGAAAUCCAUAUCAGGCUUCGAAGAGCCUAAGCAAUCCAUAGCAGCCUCUAAUCAGCCUCAACAAUCUAUAUCAGUCUUUAAUCAGCCUCAACAAUCUAUAUCAGCCUUCAAACAGCCUCAACGAUCCAGACCAGCCUUCAAACAACUUCAGCAAUCCACAUCAAAUUUCGAAUUCGAGCCUCAUCGUGCCAUCACUACCGGCCUUGAAGUGGAUUCUCGUUCUGAGCCAAUCAUUUCUCGAGCCACUGAGAACAGGACAGUCAGACCUUAUGUCGAAACCAUUAGUCGGUAUUCCUAUUACGACGAAGAAGGUAACUACAUUUUCGGAUAUGAGGCAGCAGACGGCUCUUUUAAAGAAGAAAAACGGGGUUUAGACUGCAUCGUCACUGGUAAAUACGGCUAUGUUGACCCUGAGGGUGUUCGUCGUGAGUUCAGUUAUACAUCGGGUAACAGGUGUGAUCCCAAUGCUGUGGUUGACCCAGAUCUUGGGGAAGCACCCGCCUUGGAGCCAAACGACCAGUUCCUUCAACAAACAGUGGAGCAACCUCUUACUGAAGAGGAGCUUAGCCAACUGCAAUUCAGUCGUCGACGUCAUCCCGUGAGUCUACAGCAGCGGCAACCUCAGCAACAGCGACCACAAGAACCGCGACCACAGCGACAACGGGUACGACAGCAAGUACAGCAAAGCUUUGUUAGUGAUAGCCGCCGCCGACAACCUCAGUCUCCUACUUUAAGCUCUGUGCCACAAACCAUCCAGCAAGUACUACAACAGCAUCAGGACUCCUUUGCUCCAGUGACUCCAGCACCCUCCUCUCGUUUCACCACGCCAGCUUCCUUCAGACAGUUCACAGCUCCCUCAUUCCAAGUACCACAAACAAAUAUUGCCCAGGAGCAACAAGCAGUACAUCAAGUGGUAGAACCAACGCCAAGGCCACAAUUCGUAGACCAGAGACCAACACAGACAGAUAUACAGACUCCAUCACCUCACUUUUUUGCAAGCAGGCCGACACCUAAACCCACUGCCUUCGAUUUCGACAGAGAAUUCCGUAACCUCUUCAGUCACUUCGGUGUUACAAAACAAACUAAUCCUCCGACUCAUCCCACCCACCGGCCCACUAUCCCAUCAACCUCGACACCCACACAACCAGCUACGUCGAGUCCCUCAGUACGUUCCUUCCCUGUCUCUCAAGCACCCUCAUUCCCACCAACUCUUCCAGCAGCCAAUCGGCCAUUUUCUUUUGAUGAUAGGUCUACCACACUCGGGGGAGGUGGUGCCCACCAACUCGUGUUCGACGCUGCCACCGGUACUUUCAAAACCGUCCCUGCUCAACAGACGUCUCAUUUCAGCUUGUCCAGACCAAUUCAGAAUAAUCCUUUCUUGACAUCAGCAACAACAGCUCCAGUGUCCAGACCCGUUCAGAAUCCUUUCUUGACAUCAGCAACAGCAGCCCCAGUGCCCAAACCAGUUCAUAGUCAUUUCACUGCAGCAACAGCAGCUCCAGUGCCCAAAUCAGUUCAUAAUCAUUUCACCGCAGCAACUGUAGCUCCAGUCCCAAAACCAGUUCAAAAUCAUUUCACCGCGGCAACAGUAGCUCCUGCACAUGCUGCACCGGGCCGCCCUCUCCCGCUUUUCACUGGAUCAGCCGGGUUCAACCCUCUGCCUCCUGUCCCUACUGGAGGUCUCGUUAUUAACAAGCCUGGCCGCUCGCCUGCCACAGAUGAGUUCGACAAGUUCUUCAACCAGUUCAAUCUUUGAUGUUAUUCUUAAAUUUUGAAUUUAUAGAGGAACGGGGACAUGGUAGCUGUCUUUCUUGGAUGAUACAAUAAAAUAAUGUUUGUAUGCAUACCAAUGCUGAAUGAUCCACAUGGAUUUAGCGUUUUUUGUGAAUAAUUAUUGUUUACAUGCGGUAAUGUGCUCAGACAACGUGACGAU